AUUGCACGCCAUGAUAAUGCUCAAAUUCUACCACACUCGACGCAAUUUCAUAAAUUGUGUGAUACCUCAUCCUUCGUUUGGAUGAACCUUUGUACGUAGAUGGUAUCGAGUAAAAUUUUGCGUCGCAAAAUUGGCGUUGUAGGACUAACGCAGAGAAAAAAUUGAGGUAAGCAUUUAGAAAUGUCACGAAGGUUCGAUCAACACACCCUCAAAUCUUGAGAUAAGACUAGUAUUUAUUAAAAUUUCAUAACGCUGUUAUUUAAGAUCGAUAAUUUCAUGUCCUGUGGAGAACAUGGUCAUAUGAAGAUUGAAAUCUUUUCUGUGAACUUUGAGAGCACAAAUUUAAUCGAGGAAAAAGAAAGUGUAAUACUUCAGACAGAAGUGUGUCCUAAAUUAAGAAUAUUUUACAUGUGUACUUUUUAUUACAUCACACUGUUAAACUAUAGUUUAGUUGUUCGAUGUUUGAAAGGAACUGACUGUGGUUUUGUAAUUUUUAUUUUUAUCUUGAUAUGCUUAAGAUCAACUUAAGAGAGUUUGAAGUAUCGAAACAAGAAAAAUAUCAGCUGUGAUCAAUGAGUAUUGUAAAGUAAUUAUGUUACAAAAAAUUUUUAAGAUCAGGCAAUGUAGGUCCUGGUUUAAGGUCAUUCCUCGGUAUUGAAUUUUACAUCUUACUGCACACAAUUUUGAAGGGAUCUGUUUGCACAUAUCAAAGUUUAAAAUUCAAAUUUUUACAGGGACUGUGAUGCAUUGAAAUUUUGAGGGUUUUGAUUUUUGUUGAUGUUACAAAUGGCAACUGAUCUGUAAAAGUAAGUUUGCUCUGAAAACAUUCCCUGGAGAUAAAACACUUCACAUAUUUACUAACAUCAGUCUAAUUAGAGGAAAAGCAAUUUGUAUUCUUUGCAUUGGAACUCACUUGAAAAUCCAUUUAUUAACAAUGAAUCCUGUAUUUUUUCUAUAAGAAUUAACAAGUUUGAAAAAUAGGUUUCUUUCCUCAAUAACAUUCUACUGUUUGAAUAGAAAAUUGUAACAAUAAGUUACCAGUAUUAAUCUCAAACCACUUAAAUUUUUCCCUCUAAACAACUGUAACUGCCAAUCUAGAGGAUAAAACACCUUCAAAAUUUUAUGAUGUAUGGUAAAUUGCCAUAUAUAACUUUGCUCAUUUUUGGAACCAAUUAAUAUAGAUAUGAAAUCAUUUCCUAGUGCAGUGCACCAAAGUCUGAGAAACAAUUUUGAACAUACUUAUUUUGCUGUCAAUGUACAUUUUUCAUGUGAAACUGUUAAGCACAAAAAGGAUUUUUUUCAAACUUUUCAUACACAAUAGAGACAAAAUGAACAUUUUACUAACCAUGUCCUAACCUUAUUUCCUUGGUGGUCUGUACUGUACAUUAUGAAUCCUCAUUUUUCCCCUUUGGUUUAUGGCCCACUCACUUCACACUUACCUUAAAUUGAAAAGGAAAAAAUUUGGUUUGUAACCUACAUUUUAAACCUGAUAUGUGAUUUCUAAGUUGCACAUGUAUUUAUAAUGAUACUUUGAGAAAUGAUUCUAUGUGUGAAAGAUACACAUGCUCCAAUUGUGUUUUUAUUUCAACUUCACAAUUCAAGCUGCAACAAGUUAAGUCUCUGCUGUUGUAGAUUCUUAAUGUUGUGUGGUGGUGUUAAUGAAGACAUCAUUUGAAACUCUCCAUAGAUGCCUGGGUUUGACCCUUUAACUCCCAAGAUUUCAUUAGUAAUUCUCUUUACUAUCUGCCAUACAAUUCAUGUGAUGCUAGUUUGGAGAAUUUGGAAUUUGAUCAACCAAUAAUCUCCUAAUUGAUAUUUUUCUUUAUUCUCAUUACUUGUCUUCUUGUUAUCGUACAGAUAGUGUAAGGGAAAUUCUGUCUAGGUCACCAGUGAGAUGUAAAGGGUUAAAAGUGAACUACAAAAAUUGCAUCUCAGAUUUUGUUUGAAUUUCUUUAUUUUUUUACAGCUUAGUGCCACCACUUGCCAUUGUCUUAGAUACCCAAAAUUAAGCACCCAAACACAAUUCUGAAUCCAUAAAUUUCAACUUGAAGCAAAUGCUUGAAACCUUCUUUUUAAUUAACACUGUUCUGAAUUCCACCUCUUGGAAAAUACAUAAUUCUUAACCCUUUUACUCCCAAGAUCUAAUUAGUAAUUCUCCUUACUAUUUGCCAUACAAAUCGUAUGAUGUUAGUUCAGAGAAUUUGGUAUUGGAUCAACUAAUAAUCCCAUAAUUGAUAUUCUUCUCUAUUCCCAUCACCUACCUGCUAGAUAUUGUAUUCAUAUUGUAAGGAGAAAUUCUGUCUUGGUCACUUGUGGGAGUGAAAGGGUUAAAAAGGAAGCAAAAGAAGAGUUUACAGGAUAAGCAAUCGCAUUGUUUUCCUUUAUUUCUAUAAUCUGUUAGCUCACUUCAAUGAAUUUCAAGAGAAUUGGAAUAAAUCCAUUGGUGCUGAGAUUCAUGAAACUUCUCUUGAUAUUAAAUUGAAAUAAUAUUUCUCCUCUAUUGUAUUUUUCCAUCAUUCAGUGUUGGAACAUGUGGAAUCAAAAGUUAACUCAAACAAUGUUGUUUUGCAUUAUGUUGACCAAGGGGGGUGGGGGAGGGGAGAGAAUGUAAGAAAGUAAGAAAUGGUCAUCUUCCUAACAAUUUGGAUGGUGAUUGUAAUUCAGGUUGUUGUAAUAAUUGGUGAUGUUUUGUUUAGAAAACUAAAUUUCAUUCUCAGCCAGGCUGACUGUUAGUUGCAAGAGAAGCUUUCCACCUGUGAAUUUUAGAAAUUGACAUGGCAUGAAAGUUUGCUGUCAGAUUUGUCUGAUAAUGGUUGUAUCCCUGCUUCAGUAGGGUAAUAACCUUUUUCAUUGGAUGUGUUGUCUGGAUCCACUCUACAGAUCACUGUGGGGAAAAAUUUAAACUUACAUUAGAUGGCAACUUAAUGUAAUAGUAAACUACAGGUACCAAAAUACUGCAAGGUGACAUCAGUUGAGAACUUGCAUGCCUAAGGUUAUAUUCUUUCACACCUUCUAGGUCAUGACAGUGGCAAGUGAAUUCAUCUGCUUCUAAAUGAAUAUGGAAUAUUGUCUUGGGUAUAUGAUGUGGCGUGACAUUACUUAUGGUACGUGUGAUUGGUGUUGCGUGACAAGCAGGUCAGUACUAACCUAAAACGCUAGUGAUCAUAAUGGGUGGUCAGUUGGCAAAAUGUGUGGGAAGUUCUACAGAGGAGCAAGCUAAUCCUUUAGGAGUUGUAGAACCAUACCAAGUGGAGCUGUCUUUGGCAGGGGAAGAGGAGAACAAUGAAGGGGAAGUGGAAACAGAAGAAACUAGCGACGAGCCUUUGGACCCUGAAAAGGCUCCAUAUCAAGUCUUCCUGCUUGAAACACUUAACACUUUCAGAAAGGAGAAGCUUUUUACAGAUUUUACCUUAAAAGUGAAUGACAAGGAUUUUCCAGUCCACAAAAAUGUACUGGCUGCAAGUUGUGAUUACUUUAACGAACUGUUUUCUAAACAUGAUGAUUCGAAUUUUGUUCUACACGAGCUGGCUAAACUGGAGCCGAGUGCCGUGGAAAAUGUCAUUAACUUCUUAUACACUGGAAAAUGUAAAUUGGAUCGACACAAUGUAACAUUGAUGCUGCACGCAACCAAAGUUUUAGGAAUAGAAGAUUUGCUUGAUCCUCUGGAGAAAAAUAUGGCUUUGGCUUCUGUUAAAACGAUGAAUGAUGAAGCUCCUAAACGAAAAAUGUUUAAUUCACACAAUCAGGGCACUAUGUUGUCCAAACUUUUAACCUUCCAAAGCGAGGGAUUGUUCUGUGAUCUAACAUUAACAACGGGAAGUGGCAUCGUUAUUCCUGUUCAUAAGAACAUUCUAGCAGCUGUAAGCUGUUAUUUUAAGGGGCUUUUUCGCUCUGAAAUGAAGGAAGUUCACGAAAGUAAUGUUGAAUUAGCUGUAAUAGAUGAGGCUGUCAUCGACGAAUUGUUAAACUUUGUUUAUAAGGGAGAGAUUACAAUCACUUUUGACAAUGCAAGGAAUUUAUUACAAGCGAGUGAUUAUUUGUUAAUAGAGCGCUUAAAACGAAGGAUCAUUGAAUUUGUGAGAGAUUCCUCGACGUUGUCCAACUUCUGGCUCGUUUAUUCUCUCGUUAGAAGCUUUGAUUGUCUCAAUGAGAUUUACCAAGAAAUAUUGAAUCUUGUGUGUAAUCAUUUUUGGAGUAUUGCAUCAUCAGACGUUUUUCUUGACAUUCCUGAGCAAGAUAUGAGGUGGUUUCUAUCAAACGACGAUAUUUUGGCGAGCGAAGCACAAUUGUUAGAAUCUUUAAUUCGCUGGUACAAGUAUUCUAAGCUGGAGAGGGAAGAAUCUUUUAAAAGACUUCUUAAUCUCAUUCAUAUGGGAAGCAUUCCAGAUCUUUUCCUGAAGAAACUGACAAAUGAUGAUUGCAUCGAUGAGUUGAAGUCGCUCUCUGGUUACAAGUUAAAAGACGACGUUUCCGACGAAGAUGUUUAUAAGGCAGCGCAUUUCUACAAUGUCGCGUUGUUUGGAUUAACACACCGGCUGCAUUAUACACAUUCCUACAAUCUGUGUUACUGGCUUCCCUUUGCAGGACCUUGGUCUCUUAUUGCUCGUGUCCCUCAUAACAAAUCGAUGCUGGCUAAUGGAACUCCUCUUAUUUACACCAGUUCUGGACUGUACGUUCAAGUGCCUUGGAACAAUCCCAAACUGGCUUUUCACCGAAAUCCUUUGACUGCGCGACAUUUCUUUCCAAACUCGGGCGUGGCACCAACAUGUGACAUCGAGCCAUCCGCACCCAUGACAUUUGAUUGCGCUGCUGUAACUAUGGGUCGUGAUAUCUAUCUGAUUGGCGGAAUGUCCAUGCAGGAGGUUGCAGAGGUGAAGCGAACCGUACAGCGGUACGACGUCGAAAAGCAGACGUGGACAUCGGUGGCGGACAUGUGCGAACCAAGAUAUGAGCUCACAGCGGUGAACUACAAAGAUGAAUACCUCUUCGUGUUUGGUGGUAUCGAUGGUUCGGCGCACAGGCAAUGCUUGACGACUGUAGAAAGAUAUGAUCCCAUGGAAGACCGCUGGUCAUACGUGAAGCCCAUGCACCAGCCUCGAUCUAGUGCGUUUGCCUUCGUCCACGAUGAAAAGAUUUUUGUAAUUGGAGGAGAGCGAGGUGAAGACGUCACGCCGAAUGACUGUGAGGUGUACGAUCCCGUGACAGACGAUUGGCAGGUGAUUGACAUCCAAGUCAACAAGCUUUUUACCCUUAAAGGGCGUGCUGACAAAGGAUCCUUUCUGCAUCUUGAUGGUAGCAGGGAAAACGGAAGGCGUGGCACAGAGACAUUAGAUCCUGUUAUGUACGAAGAAGCGAAAAUCACUCGACCGUACGUGACAUGUAUCAAUGGAGCUAUCACCGUCCUUGACUUCAGCACAUGUGCAGAUGGACAGCGGAAAGCAGAAUUCUACUUUAUUGACCCCGUCUCUGGUGAUUUUAGUAUGCUACAUUCACUCUUUGCGUGGCCGACGGACAUCUCGUACGGCGCGAUCAUGCCGCUUAGCCGGAGGGAUGUGAUCAAGGCACUCAAGGAUUAUUCUGCCCAGGACUCUUCUAAAAGUCAUUAUUGAACGAUCGCCGAUAGAUGGAAUUAGGAACUUUUCUAUACCGGAAGUGAUUAGGUAUAUAUCUUACGGCGGCUCUCUUUCAUUUUUCUCUAAUUUUACCUAGAUUUUUUUUAAUUCUCAGAAUCAUGAGUAUGUUAGUUGGACAGGAUAGAGGAUUUCUUUCAUUCUCAGAUGGCCAGUAGAUGCCCAAAAUGGACAAAAAUCCACGGGCAAUACAGUCAAAGUUAGGUGAAGUUGUGGCGUGAAAUUUUGACCUUAUCGGUGUUUUAUUCUUAAAAGUAAUUCCGUAUUUCCACGCCAUGAAUUGUGAAACUGGUACGUCUCUACUCUGUCUUCUUGGUAGAAAACCGGAG